AUGGGUGAAGAUUAUUUUGGAUUCUCUUGGAUACGCAAUGAGAACAGAAAAAACAUCACCAUAUAUAUUAACAAUCCAGCGGACAUCUCAGUGAUUGUUAUAUAUUUUCUGGUGGUUCUAGUUGUGGGAAUAUGGGCAAUGGUACGGACCAAUCGAGCCACAGUGGGAGGCUUUUUCCUGGCUGGCAGAAGUAUGGUGUGGUGGCCAAUUGGAGCCUCUCUCUUUGCAAGUAACAUCGGAAGUGUGCAUUUUGUGGGAAUAGCAGGAACUGGAGCGGCUGCUGGUAUUGCUAUCGGGGGGUUUGAGUGGAAUGCUCUUGUUCUUGUGAUUGUUCUGGGAUGGCUCUUCGUGCCCAUCUACAUAAAGGCUGGGGUCGUGACCAUGCCAGAGUUUCUGAAGAAACGCUUUGGUGGGCAGCGGAUCCGGAUCUACCUGUCCGUGCUCUCCCUGUUUCUGUACGUUUUCACCAAAAUCUCUGCGGACAUGUAUGCUGGAGCCAUUUUCAUCAACCAGGCUCUGGGACUAAACAUUUACCUGGCUGUUGUUAUUUUGCUGCUCAUUACGGCUCUUUACACAGUAACAGGUGGUCUAGCUGCAGUCAUCUACACAGACACCCUGCAGACCAUCAUCAUGGUUGUGGGAUCAUUCAUUCUUAUGGGUUUUGCGUUCAAUGAGGUGGGAAGCUAUGAGAACUUCAAAGACCGAUACAUGACUGCGAUCCCGUCAGUGGUGGGAGUGAACAUCAGUGAAGAGUGCUACACUCCUCGUGCAGACUCAUUCCACAUCUUUAGAGACCCCAUCACCGGCGAUCUGCCCUGGCCUGGCCUGGUCUUUGGUCUUUCUAUCCAGGCCACCUGGUAUUGGUGCGCUGACCAGGUGAUUGUGCAGCGCUGUCUGUCUGCCAAGAGCCUGUCUCAUGUGAAAGCGGGCUGCAUCCUGUGUGGUUACCUCAAACUUCUGCCAAUGUUCCUCAUGGUUUUCCCUGGCAUGAUCAGCCGAGUGCUGUACACAGAUGAGAUUGCAUGCGUGGAUCCAGCAGAGUGUGACUACUACUGUGGAGCCAGUGUGGGCUGCAGUAAUAUUGCUUAUCCAAAACUAGUGGUGGAUCUGAUGCCAAACGGUCUCAGAGGGUUGAUGUUGUCCGUCAUGCUGGCCUCUCUGAUGAGUUCACUCACUUCCAUCUUUAACAGCUCCAGCACACUCUUCACCAUAGACAUUUACACCAAGAUCCGCCCCAAAGCCAAGGAAAAGGAGCUCAUGAUCGCUGGGAGGGUGUUCAUGCUGUUUCUGAUUGGCGUGAGUAUCGCGUGGAUCCCCAUCGUUCAGUCGGCUCAGAGCGGGCAGCUCUUCGAAUACACUCAGUCCAUCACCAGUUAUCUGGCUCCACCUAUCGCCGCUGUCUUCAUCCUCGCCAUUUUUUGCAAGCGAGUUAAUGAACCAGGUGCUUUCUAUGGGUUGUGUAUUGGUCUGUUGGUGGGUCUGGCACGUAUGAUAACUGAGUUUGCCUACGACACAGGCAGCUGCGUGAGUCCCAGUAACUGUCCCACGAUCAUCUGUGGUGUGCACUACCUCUAUUUCGCCCUCAUCCUCUUCAGCCUGUCCUGUAUAUUGAUACUGGGCAUCUCCCUCAUGACCAAACCCAUUGAUGACAAACAUCUGUACAGGCUCUGCUGGAGUUUGAGGAACAGCACUGAGGAGAGGAUUGAUCUGGAAGAAGAUGACUGGACUGAAGAUCAGGAUUCAGACUCUAUGCAAACAGAAGAGGUGCAUGAGGAUCCAAGCUGUUGGAAGAAGGCCUACAACUGGUUCUGCGGCUUUGAUCAAGGCAAUGCACCUAAACUGACUAAAGAACAGGAGGCAGAGUUGAAGAUGAAACUCACAGACACCACUGAGAAACCUCUAUGGAGAAACGUGGUCAACGCUAAUGCUAUUAUCCUCCUCACUGUCUGCAUCUUCUUCCAUGGUUUCUUUGGUUAAAGAUCACAUCAGUAUCAACUAAAUCUAUUAAGGAUAUUAGAGCUGUAUUGUGUGGACAGAAAUGUUGCCUUAUCUGUAACAACAAGCUAAAUGUGAGUA